CACGAUUGACAAUUCCACACCACUCUGCGUCUCCAUCCCAAUCAUACUCUUCUUCCUCUCCCUCUUCCUCCCGACCUCUCCUCUCCCAGGAAGCACCCGACCCCGACCAUACGUUCUCCGGCGCCCCACGCGGACGGCCAGCCGCUGCUGGUUUCGCCAGAGGAGGGGCAGGGCCACCGGGAGGAGCAGGGCGACGCCGCUGCCGAGUGGGCCGGGCGCCUGGGGCUGUGCCACAUGCCGCUCUGGGGUACCGCGUCCGGGCCGCCGGCCGCCGAAGGCGAGGCCGCCCGCGCGCCGCCCGGGUCCAGCGGGGGCGGCGCCGGCGGAGUCAAGGUGAUCCGGUCGCUGCUCCCCACCCGGCGCCGCCUCCGGCUCGACCCGCCCGCCAAGCUCUACUUCCCAUAUGAACCUGGGAAGCAAGUCCGGAGCGCGGUCAGGAUCAAGAACAUCAGCAAGUCCCAUGUGGCAUUCAAGUUCCAAACUACAGCACCAAAGAGUUGCUUCAUGAGGCCUCCGGGCGGCAUACUUGCUCCAGGGGAAAGCAUCAUAGCAACGGUGUUCAAAUUUGUGGAGCAUCCGGAGAACAAUGAGAAGCCGUUAGAACAGAAGUGCAAGGUUAAGUUCAAGAUUGUCAGCCUGAAAGUCAAAGGACCUAUGGAGUAUGUCCCUGAAUUGUUUGAUGAGCAGAAGGAUCAGGUUGCGGUUGAGCAAAUUUUGCGGGUAGUAUUCUUGGAUGCUGAGCGUCAGAGCCCACAAAUGGACAAGCUCAAGCGCCAGCUUGCUGAAGCAGAAGCUGCUCUUGAGGCACGCAAGAAACCUCCAGAGGACAACGGUCCCCGUAUCGUUGGCGAAGGCCUUGUGAUUGACGAAUGGAAGGAACGAAGAGAGAGAUACCUUGCUCGCCAGCAGAUCGAAGGUGUUGAUUCAGUGUAGACACAACGCAGCACUCUAAACAGCAAAUUGAACAUACCAUUUUAUGGGCGCCAAAAUACUGUCCUUUCACACUCCAUUUGUCAAGCGGUUGGAGCUUAAUUUUGUGAAGGUUCGGAUUGUAGCAAUCAAACAAGAAUGAGGCUUUAUGUAAUUAGGAUUUGAGCUUCAUGCUGUACUCUCUUGGGUCUGCAUGUGUGUAGAUAAUCUGUGCUAGCCAUGUAUUUGGAAUUUGUGGACUGUGGACAUGUGAAUGUGAUACAUUCCCUUAGCUGCUGUCCUAUCAAUAUUGAAAGUGUAAUGUAAUCUCGAAAGGCACUCUCCAAGGUGAUUAAUGGACGUUCUCCCAUCAUGUUACAUUAA